CUACGUCCUGUGACGUAUGACUCAACCAGGAAGUAGCUGAAGAGCAGCCGGUGAAAAUGGCAACGUUCACGCUAACGUUCAUACGCCAUGGGGAGACGCAGUACAACAGAGACAAGCUCCUGCAAGGUCAGGGAGUGGACACGCCUCUGUCAGAAACGGGUGUGCAGCAGUGCGAAGCUGUGGGACAAUCCCUUCGAGACAUCAUGUUCUGCAAAGUCUUUGUUAGUAACCUGCAGCGAGCUGUGCAGACAGCGGAAAUAAUUCUGAGGAACAACACUCAUCGUUCUGGUAUGGAAAUGAUUUUGGAGCCCUUACUCAGAGAACGGGGUUUUGGCGUGGCUGAAGGCCGUCACAAAGAGUAUCUGAGGAACAUGGCAAAAGCAGCUGGUCAGUCCUGCCGCGAUUUCACGCCGCCAGGAGGAGAAACUUUAGACCAGGUGAAACAGAGGUUCAAAAAUUUCCUCCAAGUUCUUUUUAAACAAAUGCUGGACGAUCAAGAGACGCCCGCAGACGUCGCCUCCGCUAACGACGACCACCAGGGGGCGUCGGCCCACGUCCUGGUGGUGAGCCACGGCGCGUACAUCCGGGUGGCCGUCAGGCACCUGCUGGAGGACUUGAGGUGUGUCCUGCCUGCGGGCGUGAGGAUGUCACAGCUGCUGUCGCCGUGUCCCAACACGGGCGUCAGCCGCUUCGUUGUCACUCUGCUCCGGAGCGAGUCGGGUCCGCUGCUCUCUGCCGCCCGCUGCCUCUUCACCAACAGGAAGGAGCAUCUGGAAAACCUGACGCCUCCUGAGUAGCAGAGAAGAAACGGAGAAGAUUGGGACUUCCUUAAACAAAAUCAAACCGUGUUUUCUCGAUAAUGGGCGUGUUUUACUGCUUACCAAUGAUGGGAAGUAUUUUAAAAGUUUCAUCUGUAGGGAAAAGCACUGCAUUUAUAAACUUUUAUAAUUUAAUACCAAAGUUGAAUCUAUUUAUUUUAUCUUUGAGUUCAGAUGUUCUUCAUUAUGCAUGUGCAACAAACGAGAUCUGAAUCAUUGUAAAAUAUCCUGGGUAAAGGAUUGUAGAGACACUGUGCUACACUUUAUUUGUCAUAUAUGUGCCUGUUCGUUUGCUGUGGGGUGUUAAAUUAUUUAUUUUGUUAAAUUUCAAAAUGUUUUACAAGCUAAAUGCUUGAAACCUCGUUGUCUUGAAGACAAAAACACCAAGUUAAACUCAAACUGACAACUUUCAGCUCCGUUCAGACAUAAUCGCACAAGAAAAUUAAAUACCUCUUCAACAGAUUUAGGUUAUUAAUGAACGGAGAUGUUGACACUCCUGUAAAAAAUGUAUAGAAAGCCUUAAAAUAAAUAAAUCUUUUACUGCAGCA